UCCCGCUCAGCCUCACUGCUGCGUGUCUGUCUCAUUCAUCGGGAGCCAGCGACGGAGCCUGGAGGUCCCAGCACGGUCGCGCUCUCCUAUGGCGCUGCACCUGGGACCGAUUCGUCCGCGGGGGAUGCUCGGCCCUGCCCGGGGUGCGAUCUGCCCUGAGCAGCUGUGAGGAGGUCACCCGGCACCACCAUGUCCCUGCCGCCCAUCCUGCCUCCCCCCGCCCCGGCCGCUAUCCCCGCCGCCCCCCGAGCGCAGCCUAGGAAGCCGGCGGCCCCCAGGAAGGCAGCGCCGCCGCCGCCCGCCGAGGAGAAGCCACCGAGGAAGCCGCGGGGGACGCCCCCGGAGCGGGCCGGUCCCUUCCCCAGCUCCUGGCCCUGCGCCUCUCUGCAGAGGCAGCAACCGCGGAGGCCGGCCCCGGCUCCGCCACAGCCCCGCGGUCGCUCCUGCGAGACCCUGUGCGCGGCGGCGGGGCCGGAGGCGGGGGCUGGAGAGGCCGCUCUGCGCUUCUCGCUCAGCCUCCCCCCCGAGGCGGCCCUGGUGCUGCAGCGCCGCAGCCUGGAGAAGCAGCGGGGGCGGCCGAGCCCCUCCUCAGCCACCGAGCGCCUCCUGCCGGGCUCCCGGAGCAAGGCGGCCCCGGCCGUGGGGGGCUCGGCGCGGAGGGGGGCCCGGGCCGGGCCGGGGUCCAGCCCCGGGGACCUGCGCGCCCUGCUGAAGAUCUCGCUGCUGAAUGAGCGGCACCGCUACGACGACGUGGAGUACGAGGAGGAGGCGGCGCCGGGGGCCGUGGCGGACGAGGGGCUGGUGCGCAAAUGCACCGAGUGGCUGCGCGGGGUGGAGAGCGCGGCCGGCCGGGACCGGGCCGACAAGCUGGAGACCCUGCCCCACCUGGGGGCCCUCUGAGCCUUGGGUGGCACCUGCCUGCCCAUAUCCCGGGGGCUCCCCAUGUGAUGUGCCCCGCAGCGGGGUUCUUCCUCUCUCUCUCUAUUAAACCCCCCGGGAAGCUGGACAGCACUGUAUCCUGCUCCAAAGCCACCUCACGUGUUCGUCUCCCCAGACUGAGAGCCACGGAGAGCGGAGUUUUAGUGCCGGGUUUAACCGCCCGCCUUGCUGCUAUCCCCGCCUGAGGAACUGACUUGCGCUUUGACCCCGUGGGGGCUGGCGGCUGUUCCAGGCGCUACAUAAACGGGAAAAAAUGUAUUUAUAGCUGCUGUGUACUGUGUAUUUUCAUUCACAUCUUGUGGGGAGAGAAAAAAGUGGGGGCUGACUAAUCAGUGUUGUAGAGAUGCUUCUCCUGAUCCGGCUGGGCUGCUGGAUGCUUUUUAUCUGAAAUCAGGAGACAGAGUUUCUAGCGGAUGAUGGACAGGACGGGGAGGUUAAAAUCUGCACGUGGGGGUGUUUGAAUGUGAUCAAAUGUGAGCAGAAACAGAGGCAAACGUUCUCAGCUAGUUAACUUACUGUAAUGCAACAGGUGCUUAAUCUGCUGUAAGAAGAACAGGAGUACUUGUGGCACCUUAGAGACUAACAAAUUUGUUAGUCUCUAAGGUGCCACAAGUACUCCUGUUCUUUUUGCGGAUACAGACUAACACGGCUGCUACUCUGUAAUCUGCUGUAUUCACUUCAGUGUUUUUUGUAGCAAAAGCUGACUCCUGACAUUUGCAGGAAUUGUUUAUGAUCUCUGGGUUAGGGUAGGGAGAGGAAGAUGGGAGAAACUUGUUAAAACUAUAGAGCCUUUAUCAGAAACUAUCACAAAAGUGUCUUUGUGUUAAACAACAAAGGGCAGUCAAGCAAAAAGGAAAACAAAACUGCUGCACAAUACAGGCCCUCAAGACAAAGUGUUCAGUUACUGAAGGAUAAAUGUAUUGAUUUCCUUUUGAAAAGAAACUGCUUUGUAAAUA